CCCAUUGAUUGGCUGGUUUACUCAUGAGUGAUGAGUAUGAGAAAUGGACGUGUAGAUCUUCUACCCAACGUUUGAACCUCUUAUUCUCUUAUUCUCCUUCAGYCGUCUUUAUCAGACGCUGCACAUGGGCAAGGAGCACCUGAUCAUCUACUACUAGUAUCGAUAAUGUCAAAGAACGGGCAUUUCUUGAUGUAACUGAAUCGCCGUUUAUCAAUAAAACAUCAUUGUGUGUUCAAAAUAUGGCUCUUACUAUGAUCCAGCUAGCUGACGAUGAUUCAGUCUAUGAACGUACUAGAACUGGAAGAAUAUGUAUAUGGUAUAGGCAAUGACAACUGCGAUCCUUUUCCUUUGACUGAAGAUAUUAGUACUUCCCCUGAAGCAAAUGCUUCUCUCCAUUGGAGGAGUUUUGAUGGAAAAGUUAGCAAAGUGAGACUUUGCAUGCAACCAGCUAGCCAAACCAACUAUUCAAGUGGGCUGUGCCCAAUAGGCUUUGUACCUCUGCUAACCACAUCUGAUAAGGGAACCCAUUUCUUGGGACAACAAGAACACUAUGAGAUAUAUCAAAGACUGAAAUUCAUUGGAAAUCUUACUACCGGCAAUAUGUGGUUCGACCUGUUGAAUGUGACUAAGGUGGAUAUUGGUUCUACCUUCCUAGCCCUAGUGCAGUUUGACAAUGGUGUACUAACUGCAAAAUGCAAUAACCUAACAGCUCGUCGUCUCAUUGAAGCCGUGGAAACUCAUGGACCAACAACCCAUGGUCCAACGACCCAUGGUGGCCCACCCAAGCAAGAUAAAUUAAUUUUGGGUACAAUUUUGGGUACAACUUGCAGUUUGGUUCUACUCAUGCUCAUUGUGGUAAUCAUCAUUAAAUAUUACAAAAAAUGCAAACGAGCUAAUGAAGCACAAAUAGCAAGAAGAGAAGAUAUGGAUUUGCAUGCACAACGGAAUGCACCCAGUCUUGAGAAUGCUGUCCGAGUAAUUUAGUCACACUGUUGAAUAGUUAGAUAAAUUUAUCUUACUUUAACUACCGUAAAUACAUGUACCUAUUUAGUUGGUGUAUCCUUAAGUACACCCCAAUCAUUAAACUAAUGGUCAUGCAAAUCCAGAGGUUUACUUUGUUUUCUCCCCUGAUUUUCAGACCAUUGGAACAUGAAUUUUCAACUAAAAUAGUAAAUAACUUAAUAUCUUAUUUUGGUUACAUCAAUAUUCAACAGUUGUAAAGACUUAAUUCACUCUAUUUUCUGUAGAUUAUAUAGAAUCMUACCAAAAAACUAGGGAUAUAUAAUGCACCCAUUUGACAUUUAAGUUUGGAUGUUCAUUAAAUUUGUUAAAGUGCCUAUAACCCCUAACAAUAUUUUCAGUAUUGAUUCUACUUGAAGUGAUGAAUAGUUGAAUGGUAAAUUAUUUUAUAUGAUUUGAUUGAUGCAUCUUGAAGAUAUUAAGGUUUAUAAUUCCAAGGUGUUAGUGGCACUUUAAUGUAUGAAGAAAUAGAAAAUAUUAGUCUGUGUUGUACUGUUCAGUUAAUUAUAAAAAGCACACAGUUGUGAUUGGCAGAACACAAGAGAAGUGUUAGGGGAGAAACAUGCAUGCAUAUAUAUAUGGAGUGCUUCUCAACAGGUACUUCUGGACAUGUUCUGCCUAUUCCCAAAUAAAUUUAUAAUAUCUGAUGAAUGCACACAGCACAGCAAGCAUUAUUUAUUUCUUAAUUUAAAAAAAAACAUUAAUUAGACUAACCGUUAUUUAAUUGRACAUGAAUGACAAAAUAUAUAAAAAGUGUAUAUGCCAUGUGAAAUUUUAGACUUGAAUAUCAGAGAAAAGACAAAAUUCAGGAAUUUKUUUAAAAUAAAAACUUUUAGUUGGCCAAAUUAUUGGCCAAAUUGGAAACUGGCCCUUAAUGCUGUAUUUGUCACCACAUUUAAUAAGGAUUAGUAAUAAAUUGGGCUUCCAUAGGAAAGCCAGCAUCUUAAAAUGCAGGCCACUCUUCUUUGUCCUUGUAUUUGGCAGGUGUGACAGGUGUGCUUGUUCUUUUGGGACAAAAUAAUUUACAGAAUGCUGUGUUUUGUGAAGAAAGCUUUGGACAGAAUUAUGGAAAUCGAUUUUUUUGUUGAUCAAAAUUUAUAGUCUAGAAUAAUGAAUCUUGAGGCUUAUAGAUCUUAUGAAUAUAGCCCCCGGGGAUUGGAUAAGGGUGGGGAUGCUCAUCGUACCUUAAAGAGUAAGCCAGUACGACUACCUCUUAGGGUGUUUGUGAGGCAAUAAGAUACCUGAGAUUAUAUGAUGACAGUUGGAAUGCCAGUUGUAAUUCAGGAUAUUCAUUUUYGGCUCACUAUCUGACUUCUGUCACUUAAAUCAAUAUUAUAGAUAAUAUGUACCUUUCAGGGCUAGCAAAUCAUUACUUGCCACGCCCACCUGGACAAGAUCCGGGUACGGGUACCUAUUUUCAAGAUUUCCGAUGAGCCUCCCCACCCUUCUAUAUAUAGGAGCMGAGCCCUACACCCCACCCCCUGGGAUCUAUCCAUGKCAAUCCAUGGCAUGAGGAUCCAUGAAACAUUUAAUACAAUAUCAUAACCUACAUUUUCUUGGCUUAUUCAAGCACUUCUGUUGCCAAACUAAGGAACUGGAUGCAGGAUGUUUUUUAAUUUGUGAUUAGGAUUUGAAAAUUAUUGCAAUAAAAAARUGCUUGAUUUUCCAAUUAUAA